CCGUUACUAAGAUUGUAAUGUAGUGAGAGUGACGCGCUACUUAGAGGGUCAUUUCCCUCUUUAUUUUUAUCGUCACUCGAGAACUCUCUUGCGUACUAUCUCAAACGUCGACCGAGCCACUUCCGUCCGUGCAACGUCAAAGAACAAUGGCUCAAAAACCCAUGAACAUCAUACUCUUCGGAGAAACCGGAGCAGGCAAAAGCUCCAUCGUUAACAUGCUCUCCGGAAAAACAGUGGCUAAAACCUCGAACACGGCUAAUGGGUGCACGCCCAGAUGGAGUUGUUAUCGUAUCUCCAUCGGUGGCAAAGCCCACUAUGUCUACGACACUGUAGGCCUUAACGAGGGCGACGGUGGCACAAUACCCAACGACGACGCUAUCGUCCAGCUCUACCAGCUGCUAACCGGUCUCGAGGAUGGGAUCAGCUUAAUCAUCUUCGUUAUGCGAGGUCCUCGUAUGAAGGACGCGUCCUGCAAGAAUUGGACAUUGUUCCACGACAUGCUUUGUCAGCAGCGUGUCAACGCCUCCCUCAUCGUUACGGGCCUCGAGCAGGAGGAUAACAUGGACGACUGGUGGCCGGAGAACAAGGCGACUUUUCAUAAACAUGGAGUACGUCCGCAUGGUGUUGCUGCCAUCACCGCUACGCCUGGCAAGCGGAGAGGGGGCCGGUGCGUAUUCCAAGAUGAGUUUGAGGCAUCAAAAGCCAAGGUUGAAGGGCUCAUCAACGACUACGCCAUGCCUGAACCGUAUCAUAUAGACAAGGCGGAGUUGUUCAAGGAGGUGACGGAAACGUGCUGUAAUGGUGGAAACAAAAAUAAGGCGGAAGUCGUACGUAGAUUGGCCAAUCUCAGUAACUUGUCGUAUGAGAAGGCAGAAAUUCUCGCUAUCAGGCUUAGCGAUAUGUAGACCUUCUGUCCGAUAUCUAAACAGCUGUAGAAACU